CAUGACACAAAUGCGACAUCUUCUGCAGCAUUUAUUAUUUUAACUUCGAGCCCGAGUCUCUUGCUCAUGCACUUGGUGUUCUCCAUCCACCGUGUUGCUUCACAAAAUCCCACUCGCCUCCUCCAACGUCACGUUACCUGGUCUCGACCCAGUUCAGCUUGUGGUGAGCCAGGAUUGUCCGUGUGCACCAUCUACCAUUAAAGCUUCACCAUCACGCAACAUCCCCGCUAUGAACACUAAAGUCCCUUUCCCUCUACCUUUAGGAACCAAAAGUACAGCAUCCAAAAACCCCUGCGUAAUCUGCCUCGACGAGAUCUCAGAGCCGUCGACAGCCCUGCCCUGUCGCCAUCCAUACGACUACAUCUGUCUAAUCAACUGGCUCGAGCUCCGGCAAACAUGUCCUCUUUGCAACGCGGCGGUCAGCCAUGUCCAGGUCUUCGAUAAGGACAAGGGGAAGAGUGUUAUGCACCGCGUUGACCCGCCACGCCCUCCACCCCCCGCCGCCGCGCCCUCAAGCUCACGACCUUCGCCAACCCGUCGCCGCCACCACCCAGCACCGCACCGUCCCCCUCCCGUAACCACGGACACGGCGAUCCUCCAGCGCCGACACGUCUACAGGAACCGACUCUUGAGCCUGCACGUAGGCUCGAACCGGAUCUCGCGGUUCCGCUCCUACACACCGCGCAUGGUGCGCGACGACGAGGAGCUGCAGUCGCGCGCAAAAACGUUCAUCCGCCGCGAGCUGCAGGUGUUCGAGUGGACGGCGGAUAAUCGCGAGUUCAUUCUCGAGUAUAUCCUUGCGAUCCUGAAGACGAUCGAUCUCAAGAGUGCCACCGGCGCCGCCGAGGAUAUGCUCGCGGAUCUGUUGGGCAGGGAGAAUGCUCAGAUUUUUUGUCACGAGAUUCAUGCAUUCCUCAGGAGCCCGUAUAAGAGCUUGGGGGACUUUGAUAGGAGCGUGCAGUAUAAGGAACCGCUGCCGACGAGGUUUGGGGAGGAUGGUAUGCCUGUUGGACACACUGGAUUGAGGAAGAGGAGGGUGGAUAAGGUGGAAGGCGAGGGAGGGAGGACGCCGCUGGAGCCGGAGAGGAGUAGACGACGGAUGGGGUGAAUGUGAGCAUUGAGCAUAGACGGGGUUUAAUCAUGUUCUCGUUCGCCGCUCCGGGUUCUACGCCGACCGAUUGGGUCCCACAUGGCAGCCCUUAUGCUGUCCGGCCUUGUGAUGAAACGGCGGGGAACGAGUGAGGAGAGAGUGCCAAUUGCGUUGAGCACGCAGAGGGAUGGAUGGAAGAGGCGG